CUCAUUCAAAGUCUCUAGAGACAAGGACUGUACGGAAGUUGUCUUCUGGAUUCUGUGUUCCGACGGAAAAAUCAAGAGGUUAACAACACCCUUAAUCUGGCAUCAUCUUCAUCAUUUGGCAGCAGUUCCAAAGAGGCCUACUUUUGCGUACAGGUGAAAGAUUCCCUUUCUUGAUAAGAAUUCGAAACAUGUCGGCUCCAACAAGUGUCAUGUCAGCAAGGAGGACUGUGAUGGGGGAAAAUGAGAGAGUUCAACAACAGGUGGAGUUGUUAAGCUCAGUUGAUGAUUUGUAUGGAGGAGUUCGUGUAGACAUGAAGCAUCAUCCCAUGGAUUCCAAGGCCUUUGAUACUUUGCUCAAAGCUUCAAUAUCGCAAUGGAAGCAACAGGGGAAGAGGGGUGUGUGGAUCAAAUUGCCUAUCGAACAAGUAAAUCUUGUUGAAGUUGCAGUUAAGGAAGGAUUUAGGUAUCACCAUGCUGAACCAGAUUACUUAAUGCUUGUAUAUUGGAUUCCUGAAACUACUGAUACUCUUCCUGCAAAUGCUUCACGUCGAGUGGGUAUUGGUGCUUUUGUCAUGAAUAGUCAGAGAGAGGUGCUUGUAGUUAUGGAGAAUGGUGGCAGAUUCAAAGGAACAGGCGUGUGGAAGUUCCCUACUGGGGUUGUUAAUGAAGGUGAGGAUAUAAGUACAGCUGCAGUUAGGGAAGUCAAAGAAGAGACAGGAAUUGAUGCAGAAUUUGUGGAGGUUUUAGCAUUCAGGGAAAGCCACAAGUCAUUCUUUAGCAAAUCAGAUUUGUUCUUUGUUUGCAUGUUGAAACCACGCUCCUUUGUCAUCCAGAAACAGGAUCAGGAGGUUGAAGCAGCCCAGUGGAUGCCGUUUGAGGAAUAUGCAGCCCAACCUUUUAUCCGAGAACAUGAGCAAUUCAAUUAUGUUGCCAAGAUAUGCUUGGCAAAGUCAGAUAAGAGCUAUGCUGGUUUUUCACCAGUAUCUGCAGCUACAUCUUCUGGCAAAACAGGCUGCCUUUACUGCAACAAUCCGGAUAUACACCUAUUAACUUCUGAUCAUCAGCAGUAGCUUUCAAUAUAGCCGUGUCAAUAAAUGAUUUGAUCUAUGCAAUUUGUCCCUAUAUAUUUUGUAUUGAAAUUCAAAUAAGAAAAUGUAGUCAAUUAUGACUUUUCUAUAUUGAUUCAAGCAAGCAAACGAAUGCACGUUAGGCUUCGUUUACUUCAAUGUAAAAUGGUUUCUAGAAAAUGAUUUUCUCA